AUGGCUGCCACCUUCCUUACCAUCCUCCUCUCCCUGCUUCUUCUCCUGCAGUCUUCUCCCACCUACUCCAUUCGAUCUCACGCACAGAAAGGCUUCGUCCUCGACUUGAUCCACCGCGACUCUCCUUCCUCGCCUCUUCACGAUCCAAUCUCCACGCUCUCCGAUCGCCUCCGGCACUCCGCCGAGCGCUCCUUCUCCCGCUUUGCCCACCUUUCCUCUCGAACUUCCGCAGCCUCUAAUGGCACAAUGGCCAUGAGGGUGCGUCCCGGCCUCGGCGAGUACCUCGUGAAGCUCGGGAUAGGAACUCCGGCCGUCGAGUACUUGAUGAUCAUCGACACGGGAAGCGACCUCAUCUGGACUCAGUGCCUUCCCUGCCAGAAAUGCUUCCGCCAACCUUCCCACAUAUUCGAUCCCCGCAACUCUUCUACCUUCGAGAAUCUGGGAUGCAACUCCAGUCUUUGUUCUAUGGUAGGCCGAUGCAAUCUAAGGAAGCAAUGCCAGUACGCCUACGAUUACGGCGACCACUCCUUUACGAAGGGAAUCAUGGCUUCGGAGACACUCGCUUUCGAGGUGAACUCCGGCCAAAGCAUCAAGGUGCCGAACAUCAGCUUCGGCUGCGGCCACAAGAACGGCGGAACCUUCUACGGAGACGGUGCGGCUGGGAUUCUUGGGCUUGGAGGAGGGCCACUGUCGCUCAUAUCUCAGUUGGGUUCCUCCGUCGACUACAAAUUCUCAUACUGUUUAACAUGGCCGCAAAGUAACUCGAGCAGCUCCUUGAAGUUCGGCGCAAGUGCCGAACCCCCGGCCACUGUCAGACACGUAGUGAAAACCCCGCUUGUGAAGCCUUCGGAGGCCGAUACUGGCUAUUAUUAUCUGGCCCUCAAGGACAUAAGCGUCGGAAAGAAGAAGCUUAACGUGCCGGCGGGAACGUUUGAGCCGACGCCGACCGGUGACGGUGGUGCCAUCAUCGAUUCCGGCACUACAAACACGCUUCUGACUUCCAAAGCCUACAGUCUUCUGGAGGCCGCUUUGAAAAGCGCCGUAAAGCUGCCGCCGGUGACAUCUCCCGUAGACUAUCUCGAUUUAUGCUUUAGUUUUGUUGAUGACAAUGAACUGGACAGAUUGCCCAACGUGACUUUGCAUUUGGAAGGGGGCGACUGGCUGCUGUCGCCGGCGAACGCUUUUGCGGUUGCCGGCAAAGGCGUGAUCUGCAGCACCUUCGUGCCCGUUUCGCAGCCGUUGACCAUCGUUGGCAGCAGAGCGCAGGUGGAUGUGUACGUUGAGUAUGACCUAAAGAAGAGGGUGCUGUCCAUUGCGCCUACUGACUGUAGCAUGAGCGGCUAG